UGCGCGCAAAGUACUACAUUCUUAGUGUUUACCAAGAGUUUAGCGGUUGACAAAAUGAAAGAAAACCACUGGACGAAUUUUAACUACGGGCUAAGUGCGGUACUACUUUUGUUAAUUGUAGCGACGGAAAUAUCGAUACGCAUGAUGACCUAUAACAUGUUACAAGAAGAAGUUACAUCGAGAAUCUUAAAUAACAUGAACGAGCAACGGGACGUGUCUAUGAAAAGGGUCUAUUCACAUAUAAGAAAAGAAGUGGAGACUGCGUAUAGCAGUUUAGAACGCUAUAAACGUGAUAAUACAGACGAUAGGGUUGUCGGACUUUGUAACGCGAUCAAGAAGCAAUGCCAAAUCAAAGAUAAACAUAGAGGCUUUUCUGGUCUUCCAGGAUUACCUGGUCCGCCAGGUAUGCCAGGUGACAGAGGAUACCCAGCCACCAUUGGACCCAAAGGCCGUCAAGGAGAUCCAGGUCCUAAGGGCGCAUAUUGUUUAUAAACCAAGUGAAGCUCUUUGAAUGCCAUAAUAUUCGCUCUAGUACUAUAAUAUAUUUCCAAUCAUUGUGAAUUGUUUAAGGAAUUACUUUGGAAUUUUAUUAGAAUCAUUUUUUCACACUUUAAAAUAAAGCCAACGAAAUAAACAA